AUGGCGGAACCGAGUGAAUCGGAGCCGAUCGAGUCGGCAAACUUCCAGGAUAACUCCACGGAGAACCUUAUGCAAUUCUUACACGGCGGAUACCACCGGUUGGUUCAAUCGAAGGUGGCACACGAAGAUAAGAUCCAAUCGCUGGAUGCGACGUUACAAUCAGUACUCAGUGCCUUAGCGCGAGUUGAAAUUCAGCUGGGGAAACGACCAGAGCAACCAGAAUCGUCGAGUCCACCACCGCAGGUACUGUAUAAUCCUGAUCCUUAUCCGCGUGUUUCUGAUGAUCGGAAUCUACCACUGGAGAAUGAUCGGAAUCUACCACUGGAGAAUAGAGCUAGCCUAUUGCGGAAGAUAGAUAUGCCAGUUUUUGAUGGAUCUCAAGUGUACGAGUGGUUAUCUAAGGUGGAGAGAUUCUUUCGCGUAUGUCGUUACUCUGAUUUUGAUAAACUUGAUAUGGUAGCAUUAAGCCUUGAAGGAGAUGUUCUGAAAUGGUUGUUUGCGAUUAAACAAACUGGAACAGUGGCUGCUUAUGUCCCGGAAUUUGAAGAUUUAUCUGCUCAAGUCUCGGGUUUGGAUGACUCCCACUUGGAGAAGAUUUUUUACAAUGGCUUGAAGCAGGAAAUGAAAGAAGUGAUUAAGAUGAAGGAACCUAAAGGCAUUGAUUUUCAAAAGGCUGCUGUGCUAAGAAUGGAAUCAAGCUCUUUUUGUCAAUUGCUCAGUGAGAAGGAGAACAAGCCUGUAACACAAACUAAACAGUUUGUUUCACGACCUCCAGUUGCCCUUCCAGCUACUAAACCUUUGUUAUUGUCUGGUGGUACGGGUCAAGGAGUACAAAAUGUGGCGACUGUGAAACAAACAGCUCCACCACGACAGCGAAAUACAUCAGAAGAAUUGGAUGCGAUGAGAAGCAAAGGCAUUUGUUUUAAAUGCAAAGGUAGAUACUCUCGCGGGCACAUAUGUCCCUUGAAAAAGUUGCAAAUCUUGACUGUCGUGGAUGGUUUAGAACUGGAAGUGAUGGUUGAGGGGAUACAGAUCGAUGAACUAGAGGAGAUAGUUCAGACUCCAGAAGUGAGAUGCUUAUCUCUUAACUCUUUUCUCGGUCUCCAUUCUCCAAGGACAACAAAAAUGGUAGGCCUUAUUGGCAAGUGUAGAGUGGUAGUACUAUUGGAUUCUGGAGCUUCACACAAUUUUAUUACACCAUCAGUGGUUAAUAAUGUUAAACUUAAAACUCAUGCGGCUGGAAGCUUGGAAGUGUUAUUAGGAAAUGGUGCGUUUGUGCACGGUUCUAGUGUUUGUAAGAGAGUUCAGUUCCAACUAGGUGGUGAAGAAUUUGAGAGUGAAUUUAUUUCGCUUGAAGUGGGUGGAGUAGAUAUCAUACUUGGAGUACAGUGGCUAGAAACUUUGGGGAGAUGUGAAGUGGAUUGGAAAUUGCAGGAAUGGACUUUCACAUAUAAAGGCAAGAGAGUCACUCUUUGGGGAGAUCCUUCCUUACACGGUCCCUCCAUAUCUAUGAAGACUUUGGAAGCUCCAGUCCAACGUUGUUUGUUACAGGACGGUACAACUGAGCUAAAUUCUGCUCAACUUUCUCAGUCUAGUUUGGUGGUCGAUCCAUUUAUUGCCAAGCUUCUCGAGAAGUUCACGGCUGUUUUUGCUGUACCUGUUGGGUUACCACCAUUUCGGGGUCAGGAGCAUGGCAUUACUCUCAAGCCUGGCGUUCAAUCUAUCACAGUUCGUCCGUACAGGUAUCCACAUGCCACAAAAGAGGUGAUGGAGCGUAUGGUAGGCGAAAUGCUAACAUCAGGUAUCAUCCGAGUUAGUAAUAGCCCAUUCUCGAGUCCGGUUCUUCUGGUCAAGAAAAAGGACUCUUCCUGGAGAUUUUCUGUUGAUUACAGGGCCUUAAAUGGAGCAACAGUCCCAGAUAAGUUUCCCAUUCCGGUUAUCGACCAGCUACUAGAUGAGUUACAUGGUGCUGUUAUUUUUUGA